AACACCACGGUACACGGCUUUAGAUUCGUAGUUCACCUUUGCUUUUAGUUUCUUUUAGUCAUUUUCACAAACAUCUUUCGCUCAACGUUAACCGAAGAAAUUUGGGUCAUAAUAUUCUGGCGCUCUGUCCAAUUUCGAAAGAUUGAAGUGUGCAUUGCUUAUUCGUCAGCCAUGAACAGAAUCGGCUCUAGAUUAUCUCAUCUCUCUGUUGUGCUAUUACGCAUCAACCAUAACUCACUCAUUGUUAAUCGUUGUCAUGUAGUAGAACAGCCCCUUAUGAGUGAAGCUUUCAAUUUCAUUAAUCCUUUUAAGUAUGACAGAUUUUUAGCUCUGCCAAAUUUUGGUUUAUCAGUCAGGUCUUUUUCUACUUCAUCUUCAACCAGAAGCCCUGGGGAGGCAACUGAUGCCCCCGCACACGAGGCCUUGAGUGAUGAAGAUGAUGGGGGUGGGGAUGAGGAUGAUGAUUAUGAUGAUGGUCAUGGCAAGAAUAAAGAUAAGAAUGAUACCCAUUGUAAUAAGUUACAUUUAAGAGAUGAUGGUCUUGCCCCAGAUGUUAAAACCAUUUUGGAUAUAAUGCAGGAGAUGGGUUCUGGACCAUCUGACAUUAAGCAAAAGCUUGAGAAUUGCAGUGUCGCGCUAGCACAAGAGCUGGUUGGGGAGGUCCUUUCAAAAACUCGCAAUGAUUGGGAAGCGGCUUUCACAUUUUUCUUAUGGGCUGGCAAGCAGCCUGGGUAUACUCAUUCGGUUCGGGAGUAUCAUUCUAUGAUCUCCAUUCUCGGAAAAAUGAGGAAGUUUGAUACUGCUUGGACCUUAAUUGAAGAAAUGAGAGGAGGUAGAACUGGUCCAUCUCUUGUCACUCCACAGACAUUGUUGAUCAUGAUCAGGAGAUACUGUGCUGUACAUGAUGUUGCAAGGGCUAUCAAUACUUUCUAUGCUUAUAAACGGUUUAGCUUUCAAAUCGGGCUAGAGGAAUUUCAGAGUCUUCUUUCUGCCCUUUGCCGGUAUAAGAAUGUGCAGGAUGCUGAGAACUUACUGUUCUGCAACAAAAAUGUAUUCCCACUUGACAUUAAAAGCUUUAACAUAAUUCUGAAUGGAUGGUGUAAUUUGAUUGUUAGCACUAGUCAUGCAGAAAGAAUAUGGAAGGAGAUAAGCAAGAGAGGACUCAAACACGAUGUUGUCUCUUAUGGAAGUAUCAUAUCUUGCUAUUCAAAAUCUUCUACACUUUACAAGGUGCUUAGGAUGUUUGACGAGAUGAAGAAAAGGAAGAUCACUCCCGAUAGGAAGGUUUAUAAUGCUGUGAUUUAUGCUCUAGCAAAGGGUAGACUUGUGAAAGAAGCUGUCAAUCUCAUUGGAAAAAUGGAGGUCAACAACAUCAUUCCGGAUGUUGUUACUUACAACUCCUUGAUCAAGCCUCUUUGUAAAGCUCGCAAAGUUGAUGAAGCUAAACAACUUUUUGAUGAGAUGUUGAAGCGGAGUCUUUCCCCAACAAUUCAAACUUUCCAUGCUUUCUUCCGUAUGUUAAGGACCAAGGAAGAAGUAUUUGAGCUCUUGGACAAAAUGAGAGAGCUGGGAUGCUACCCAACCAAUGAGACUUAUAUAAUGUUGAUAAGAAAGUUUUGCCGUUGGCGCCAGCUUGAUGAUGUAUUUAAGAUAUGGGAUGCAAUGAAGGAAGAUGGAAUCGGCCAUGAUCGUAGUUCAUAUAUAGUACUGAUUCAUGGGCUGUUUCUAAAUGGAAAGCUAGAAGAUGCAUUCAGAUACUAUGCAGAGAUGCAAGAGAAAGGCUACCUACCUGAACCAAAGACAGAAGAAAUACUUCAGGCAUGGAUUUCUGGGAAACAGUCAACGGAGGGCCAGGUGACAGAUUUAGAACCUAAUCGAUUUGAAAAUGAUAGUUUUAAAAAUAAAGUGAAGGACAUACCCAGUAAAUUUGAUAGGGAAAAAAAUUUUCUUCGCCAAGCUGAGACCAGAAGAGUAACAAGAGAGCGAGGUUUUUCUUUGUGGGAUUAAGACGAGGUCCGUCCAAUGACACUUUAAUACUAUACCUUUGAAGAUGACACUUAUGGGUCAGCAUACCUCAAAUUCAAUUUUAUUUACCCGAAGGAGGUGGAUGGCAUGCGGGUGUAUAGCCAGACUUCAAUUUCCUCAUCAUAAACAAGAGCUGCAAGUUUUGUUAUGCAGCAGGGUGUAACAGAACAUCUUUUAUUUCGUGCCUUUGGCCCUGUGAUUUAAGAUCUCCUGUGGCCUCUGUUUUUAUGUAGUUAGCGCUUUUGUCUUACGGGUUGUUAAAGUCCCUUCAAACAUGAUAUUUUCCCAUGAGCCAUCAUUCAACUAUUCUGGAGACUGGAGAUUAUUUGAUCCUGGGGUUGAAGUGACUGAGGCUUCAUUGCUAGAACUUAAGCCUAUACCUGAACCCCUAACCAGGUCUCAAAAGAGCGUCAUUGUCAAUCAGGUAAACUGGAUUGUUGAUUACAUAAUACACCGUGGAAGCCAUUUAGUUGAGGGUUAUUUUGGUGCCCUUUCUGAUUGUUUUUAUUUUGGACCUUGUAAUAUAAGAAUAAAUUUGUAAUGCUAGUGCUAUCUAAUCAACUCUGUAUGAAGUUUUUUCAUGAUGACAGUUUGCAUCCAGAUAGCACGAUUUAACAUUUUUCUAUUAAACCUUUCGAUGGAGGGUGUUAAGAACUAGAUUUUAAGCUUAACUCAAUCUUGCAAAACCGGCUUAUAAAGUAAGGUUUACACUCACAUAUAUACUAUAAUCCAACACACACCCCUCUUGCCGAGAUAUAUACAUCCCGAGCAUGAGACUUGGCAUUAAUGGAUGGUUUGAUAGCGAUCCAAUAAUAGGUGGAACAAUAUGUUCAACAAACAACAAAUCUUGUUAGGAUAUGUUUUAAUAAUGACUCUAAUACCAUGUUAAGAAUUGAACUUUAAACCUAACUCAAUCCCACAAACAAUAAAUCUUGUUAGGAUAGAUUUUAACAAUGACUCUGAUACUAUUUAAGAAGUGAACUUUAAACCUAACUCAAUCCCACAAAAUCGACUUGUAAAUGUGACAUCCACAUAGGUUUCAACAAACAACAAAUCUCGUUAGGAUAUUUUUUAACAAUGACUCUGAUACUAUGUUAAGAAAUGAACUUUAUGUCUAACUCAAUCUCACAAAACCGACUUGUGGAUGUGGGACCCACAUAUGUACUAUAAUCUAAUAUACGCCACGCUGCUAGAUGCAUGGUCUAUUAUUCAUGUAAUGCACCACCCAUAGAGUAGAACAGGGAGUUCGCGAAAGAAGGUUAGUAUUAGUGAGGUGCAUGAGUGAGCUGACUGUGUGGAAUCCGUAACUUUGAUUGAUACGUGGGCUCUUACUAAAUUGUGGAUUAUGGCCGCAUCUGGUCUAAUGGUUCUUAGUGGUAUAGGUAACUUUAAUUGUGGGUGAGGUUUGGGUGAUCAAAAUGAAGAAUGUUGAGAGAGACUAUGUCGUUCUGCAAAGGUUACGAGAAAUGAAUGAGAGAAAAAGAAAAUGAACCAGGACAAGAUUGGUUCUUACCAACUCGACUAGUUCAUGUAGCUUGGGAUAAACUUUGAUCAACCUCUAGCUCCCACUUGGAUAAAGCUAAUGAACACCGCCAAAUGACAGGAGGACCUCUAGCUCCACCUUGGAUUAGCUAAGGGGCACUAUCAAAGAAAAACAAGAGAACCACCAUUUGAACUUAGAUCAAGGCCAGGAAAAGUUUUUCAAAAUCUGAUAAUGUUUCGUAUGUCUUGAUUACAACUAUAAUGCACAUGCAUAUAUAUCAUGCAAUCACACUCAAGAAAAUGCACUUAUAAUCCUGUGAACAAUUCUCAAGAGAAUUAUUAAUAAUUGUAUAAACACUUUGUAAACUGUAAGAUCCUUGAAAAUAUUUGUAAGUUAGAUACUAGAUAAAAAAAAAGUGAAUAGUAAAUUGUGAAUAGUAAAAAAAAAAUAUUUUUGGAAAUGAUAAGUGUUCCACGUAGCUUUGAGAUCAGAAUUCAUCAAAUUGCAAAUAAAAAAUUAUUUUUGUAAUAAUAAAAUGAAUAAAAAAAUGAAUAGUUAAAAUGAAUAGUAAAAAAUGAAUAGUAAAUUUUUUUGUUAUAAAUAGCCAAGGGGGGGAGGCUGAAAAUUUACACCAAAGAACUUAGAAAAUUUUUGAGAGAAGAGAGUUGGAAGAAUUUCAAAUUUUGCAAAGGGGAUAUUCUGGAAGUUUUCAGAGAGCGAGGGGAUUAAGUCUGUAAUAGAGGUAAGGGGAGCUAACUUUGAGUAUUUCCUUUUGUAUUAUCUUGAGUCUUGAAUAUGCUAUAUUUUGCUUUUGUCUGAUCUUAAAUCUUGAAUAUGGAGUAUUUUGUUUAUGUAUGAUCUUAAAUUUUAAAUGAGAGUAUGCUUUUGUGUUGAUAUCCAAGUGUGAUAGUUGUAAAAUGUGAUGUUGAUUAGGUUAUGCCAUUUGUAUGUUAUUAGUUGUUUAUUUUUGUAUUUUGGAAGGAUUAGAAAUUGUCUAACCGGCUCUGCCAGAUUUAAUUUCUUGUUUCCCCAAACAUUUUAUUGUUUUCCUUAUUUAUUUUUAUUGUAUUUUGGAAGGAUUAGAAAUUGUCUAACCGGCUCUGCCAGAUUCAAUUUCUUGUUUCCCCAAACUUUUUAUUGCUUUACUUAUUUAUUUUAUUGCAUUUUUGGAAGGAUUAGAAGUUGUCUAACCGGCUCUGCCAGAUUCAACGUCUUGUUUCCCCAAAAUAUUUAUUGCUUUACUUAUUUAUUUUAUUGCAUU